AGCCUUCGUGGAUUGCCUCCACAGCAUACCCUUUGCACUCGCACGUCACAUUCGACGCGAAUAAUAAUCAAAAGAGACUCGUGCUUACACGUUGGUUCUUUUGUUCGUGUAAUUCCCACCUCUCCCUUUUAUUCAUUUCUGGAUCGGUGCUUGUUCUCGCAGUUUAUCUUUUCCUUUUUUUCCCUUUCCCCAGCGUCUCGAACGGGCACACCGCCGUGCGCUUUCCACACGCAUUUUGAGUUCGACCGGCACUUUUUUCUCUCUCUCUCCUUUCGCGUCCGUUGAGGCAAGAGCACACACACACACACAAGCACGCACAAACAGGUCCGCUGCUCUUGUGCUUGACACCGUUAUCCUUUCCCUCUUCCCUCUCACCGACAGUUGCCGUCCUUCUCCCCUCCUCCGAGCGAUUUGCGUAUUUCUUUCUCGCAGCACAAAUACCGAAAAUGUGGAAGGAAUGGACGAAGAAGAUCAAGACCUUCGCGGAGGACAUCACUUCGCCAGAAUACGACGACGAAAGGCGCGAUGGUGCGGCAUACGAGGAGGAAGAGACAGAGGAAGGAGUCAGCCACCACGUAGACGAUUCAUACAACAAUCACCACGCACCACGUGGGCACACGUCAGCCCCACCGGCGAGUCACCGCAGGGUUCAUGACACGCAUGUUGAUGGGAAUUCGCUGCUCUUCGAGACCCCUGCGCGUUCUCUUGAAAGGCACUUCGAUGAACCGACAGUGGAGCGGAAGCCAGGCGUGACGCCGCAGCAUCUACCCCGUGCCUCUGCGCAAUCGUCUCCCGCAGUAGAAACAACUGCCGCUGCGUCGCACGCACCGGCUGUAGUUGGCCACCGCUCGAAUUGCGAUGAAGGAGAGGAGGAAGAAGAGGCGGAUGGGUUUUCGCGACUGUCGUCGUCAUCGACGGUGGGGCCGGCACCGCCUGCGGUAGUGGCGGGAGAGGAGAAGCCGCAAGCGGAAAGACCGACGUCGACCAAGGCGUCUCUACCGCCGCCGUCCGCAGGCGGAGCACCUCGUCGAGGACCGCCCCCAGCCAUGACCACCCCCCAGCUGCAACGGCAGCAGCAUCAAUCACCAGCUCAAGCGCAAGCUUCUUCGACGGCGGCUACGCCGGCAGCGGUGGCUCUUCCCCUAUCAUCGUGCUCCACUCCGGCUGACAAGGCGGGAUUGACGGACACCAACUCCACCCCAGCAGUCACACACCUGUCCGCGCCACAGGAACGACGCGCCUCAGUGAGUUCUCAACCAUUGCAUCCAAAGGAAGAGGAGGAGAAAACGGCCCUCGCCCACACCCCACACCUCUCUACCUCGGCGGCAUCAACAUCGCCGCAGCAUCAGCAACCGCAGCAGCGGCGCCGGGACGAGUGGGAGGAGGAAAAGAUGCAGAUGCUAGUUGACAUCCGUAACUACCAGGAAGAGGUGCGCGUGGCACAUGAGCAGACAGUUGCCUAUUACGAAGCGCAGAUAAAGGCGGCACAGCAGGCAACGAGUGACGCAGUGGCAAACGCAAAGACUACACAAGAGCAACGAGACAGUCUUCAAGCAGCGCUUCGCACGGCGGACAAAAAGCUUGAAAAAGAACAGGUAGCUCGCGCAGCGCUAGAGCAGCAGGUGAAACAGCUAACGCAGGCAGCCGAGGAAGCGAGGGCGAGAAUGAUUGAACUACAAGGGAAGCUCAACACCGCGGCGUCUGCGCCUCUCGCCUCGCACACCAAUGCAGAGUGGGCUGAAAAAGAGAAGGAAUGCGUGGAGUGGAGGGCAAAACUUUUAGAACAGGAGAGGGAGCAGCAGGCAGCACAGGCACAGCUUCGACAGUCGGCUGAGGCAGCGCGUCAGACCUUGGAGGAGCAGCUGAGAGAGGCGCAUGCGCAGCUUGCAGCUUUGCAGAUCUCCUCCACCGCAUCCGCUGCUGCAGCCACGAGCGAACAUCAGAUGCAGCGCGCGGAAUCUUCGUUGUUAGUGCAGCAGGAGGAGAAGCUCGCUACGCUGCAGGCGCAGCUAGAUACGUGGAAGCACCGCGCUGGCGAACUGAAGGAGAGGCUCGAAGCAGCCCAAACGCACGCUGACUAUCCGACUCAACACCGAUCGGAAGACGAAGCCACGAACACCGCUGCACAUCAUGGUACCGCUCGUUCUCCCUCUUCGACGAGUUUAGCAGAAGUUGAACAGCUAAAGCAGCAGCUGCAGUCGACGGAAGCAGCGCGUCGUGCGCUGGAGACCCAGCUGCAGGAAGCACAACGCGAGCUGACGUCCACCUUCCCUUCGAGCAACCAACAGCAGCAAGCGCAUCAGGCGCCGCAAGCCGAGGAGCUGGAGGCAAUGACGCUCGAGCUCGAGUCAGCGCGCCAGCGUGCGGAAGCACUGACGCAGGCACUCGCAACUGCCGAGACGCAAAAGCAAAGCCUCACUUCCCAGCUUGCGGAAGAGCAGGCGAAAAGAAAUGCCGUGCACAGCAGCGCUACUGCCGCCUCGACAGACGAAGUCCGGCGGCUCUCCGACCAAUUGCAAGUCCGUGGGGAGCAAUGCAAUACCCUCCAGAGAGAAGUCCAGCAAGCGGAGGAAAUGAUUCAUCAGCUCACUGGUCGCCUAGCGGCUGAGGCGAAGGCGCACAAAGAGGCGGUCGCACAGCUGGAAGAGUACCACGCCGAGGCGGAGGGUGUACUGGAAGACGAAAUUGCCGGCGUGCGGGCAGCCGCUGCGAAGGAGAAGCAAAAACUGGACGAGCAGCUUCGCCGGUCUCAAGCGGAGCUGCAGCAGCUGCAGAAACGUGUGGCGCACGCAGAGGACGAAAGCAAGGCAGCGAACAAAGCACGGGGCGUGGCAGAGAGCAACGCAACCGCGCUCGAGAAGGAGCGAGCAGCGCUGCAGCGGCAACUGCAACAGCACCAAGACGAUCUCGCGCAGCAGCAACAGGAGUGGAAGCGACUCGCCGAGCGGGAAGCGAACAGCGGCGCCGGCAUCUCUCUCGCUGCCCUUACCAGCGUAAAACGAGAGUUGGAAGACAAGGUGCAGGCGCUGGAGGUGACGGUGGACCAGGUGCGUCGCAUGACAGUGGACACGCUCGUGCGGCUGGGCGUGGACAUCGCACAGGCGGUGCAGCCGCCACAGCCAAAGAGCAGCAACGGCGGCGUGUUGCGGAACGGGACCCAGCCACCACAACCACAACCACCACCGUCUUCGAGCAAGACGGCAACGGGGGACAACAAGGGGACUAACUCACGGAGCCGCAGUCGCAGCGCGAGCAACAGUGACAAUGAGGAGGGCAACGAAAGCCAAAUCUACACGGAUAAACGCCGGCGCAAGGCGCAAGAUGCGCUUCCCCUUCUCCAGCUCUUCUCCCUGCUCACGACGGAGUGUCUCCAGCAGCACAACAUCGUCCUCCGCGCGGAACGGGUGCAACAGGAGUGGGAGCAAACAUACGAGCAAGCCCGGCAGGUCAACGAGUCAUUAAAUCAACAGAUCGCGGACGCGUGGGCCACCAUCGGCAAACUGCGCGAAGAGGCUUCCGUGAAGGAUGCCGCGGCACGGCAGAUGCAGUCACGUGUCGGCAGCGGAGACGCUCGACUCUUGGAAGUGCAGGAGGAGCUGACGCGGGUCACGGCGGAGGUGGAGCAGCUGCGCGAGGAGCGGACGGCCUGGACGGUGCGCCUGCAACAGGCCGACGCCGGCGCCGAGGGUCAAGAGCGAACGCUCGCUUCUCUCCAGGAAGAGCUCCAAUCGCUUCAGUCGAUGCUGAAGUCCAAGGACGAGGAGCUGCAGUCGUCGCAGCAGAGUUUGGAGAACCUGCAGAUGGUGCUGGACCGUUUCCAGGAGACGAAGCGGCACGAGGUGGAGGCUCUGACGCUGGAGGCGCACCUCGAGGCCGAGAAUCUCAAGACGGAGUUGGAGAAAGGUCGGCGGGUCAUGGAGCAGCACGAUCAAACGAAGGAGGCGCUGCACCAACGCUACGAGGCCCAGCUGGCCGCGAAGGACGCCGAGGUGACGACACUCUAUCGCAAGCUGGCGGAGGUACGAAAGGUGCUGGAGAAGACCACUUCACGCCACAUGGACGGCGCCGAGACGAGCGUGGACAAGCGCGUCGUGUCGCAGCUCCUUGCCAAGUACAUUCACGCCUUCAUUGAGCAGCGCAAGGAGGCGGAGGAUAUGCUGAAGGUGCUGAGUGGGCUGCUGAACUGGGAUGAGGCGACGCAGGAGCUGGCAGGGCUGCUUCCCGGACCGAACAAUCCGCACCCGCCCGGCAGCGGCCCGCGUGGGCAGCACAGCAACAUCGGCGGUUUGUUUGGCUGGCGACGCGGGAAGGCGGCGGGCACUGCUGCUGCUGCUGCCGCGUCUAUCGGACAAGGGCGCGACGGAGACGGAAAGUCCAACGCGACAAGCACGAGCAAGUCUGGAUUGGCUUCGUUGUGGGUCGAGUUUUUAUUGAAGGAGAGCGCCGGGGGAGGCGGAGGCGCGGCUGCACCUCCCACUCCCUCCGCACCAUCAGAUGGGCCCGCAAGCGAUGCCGCUGCGUUGGAGGCGCCUUCGGCAACUGAGUGUCCUGCAGCCACGACCACGCCCACGGAGGAGCACUAG